UCAGAAGAAGCUCCACCUGGAGUAGAAGAGCCGCCUAUCUCCAAGACUGAAGAGCCUGCAGAAGAAGAGCAUCCAGCUGCAGAUGAAGAUGAAUCCAAGCCCAAACCAAAGGCGUUCGCUCCGACGAUCACCGUUCCAAAGAUACCAGAGGGGGAAAAAGUCGACUUUGACGACAUCCACAGGAAGCGUCAGGAGAAAGAUCUGUCUGAGCUGCAGUCUCUGAUCGAGGCCCACUUCAUCCAGAGAAAGAAGGACGAGGAGGAGCUCAUCUCUCUUGUUAACAGGAUUGAGAAACGUCGUGCUGAGAGGGCUGAACAGCAGAGGAUCCGCGCCGAGCAGGAGAAAGAGAGGCAGAAUCGUUUGGUUGAAGAAAAAGAGAGGAAGGAACAAGAGGAGGCUCGUAAGAAGCAAGACGAGGACGCCAAGAAAAAGGCCCUGACUAACAUGACUCAGCAAUAUGGUGGCCAGCAAAGGCAAGACGGAAGGAAGGGAGCAAAGAAGCAAACGGAGGAAAAGAAGAGAAAGAUCCUGGCGGAGCGGAGGAAACCGCUCAUCAUCGACCAUCUGAACGAGGACAAGCUGAAGUGAAAGGCCGGUGAGCUGUGGCAGUGGCUGAUGACGCUGGAAGCGGAGAAGUUCGACUUCACCGAGAAGCUCAAGAGACAGAAAUACGACAUCAACUUGCUCCUGAAUCGGGUUCAGGCCUCCCAGAGCGCCAAAGGAAGAGGCAAGGCCAAAGGCAGGGUGAGAUGAACGCCCCGACCAGACGAGACGCCCGAGCAGGAGUUUGCGUCGCAGCAAAACACCAGAUGACCGAAAUAAAGCACCAUUUCUGGGUUUUA